AUGCCAAAGACAGUCAUUGCCGCCCUGCAGAUCGGGACAAGCCCUGACGGUUCUGCAGCCACCGUUGAAAACAUUCUCAAGUAUGAACCUGAGAUCCUAGAGACUGGCUGCAAGUUGACGCCUGAGGGGCAGAGACGAAUUCCUCAAGUAUUGGAAGCAGGCGGUGACAUCCCGGGCCCCGAAGUGGACUCUCUCUGCAAGCUGGCGAGGAGAGUGAAGACCUUCAUCGUCGUGGGCGUCGUCGAACGGGGCGGCUCCACGCUGUACUGCACCGCCCUCUUCAUCUCGGACCAGGGUGAGGUCGUCGCGAAGCACCGGAAAGUGCUUCCGACGGCCAGCGAGCGGUUGAUCUGGGGCCGCGGCGACGGCUCCACUUUGCCCCUCGUCAAGACACCCGCCGGUCUCGCUGGGGCUGCCAUCUGCUGGGAGAACUACAUGCCCCUCCUGCGCUACGCCAUGUACGCCAAGGGUAUUCAGAUCUGGUGCGCGCCCACGGUGGACGAAAGGGACAUCUGGCAAACGAGCAUGAAGCACAUAUCCUACGAAGGACGCACGUUCCUGGUGAGCGCAUGCCAGUACCAGCCUCCCCCCACGGAAGAGAUGUGUGCAGCUUUGGGGCUGCCGGAGGGUAAGCCUAUAAUCCGAGGCGGGUCCGUCAUUUACUCGCCGAUGGGAGAGGCGUUGGCCGGCCCUGUGUACGACAGGGAGGCGCUGCUAAAAGCCGAGAUCGACCUGGACGACAUCAUUCGAGCUCGCUACGACAUGGACGUCGUUGGCCACUACGCUCGGCCUGACAUCUUCCAGCUGGUGGUGGACGAGAAGCCCAAGAACUCCAUGGACUGCCAGUGA